ACCGCCGACGCUCCGAAGGACCCGCUACGGUCCGCACCCACCCGGAUUUGGACCUCUCUCAUCGGCGACAUUGCGUUUGUGAUGGAUUCGACGGGUACAGACUCACGCAACCCCCGCAACGAAUCUGCACUGCAUCUCGGUAUGGCCUCCUUCCCUAGGCGCUCGGAGCUCAGUCAUCGACUGACCACUGGCACAACUACGCACAAUCGCCAUCGGCCUGGCUCAACCCUAGCCCAGCAGCUCGCCAGCUCCUCGUUGCCGGUCAUCAAGUGUGACCACUACCCGCGACAGGUGCUGCGCCGAGUUUCGACCAUGCAGCAACAUCCUGGAUGGGUGUCCUUCAAGUGCAAAAAAGAUGGGGAUGGAUGCAAGCUUUGGUAUUGGGAUGAAGAGUACAUCGAUCUAUUGAUAGCAAGAAAUUUGCUAGAUGUUCGUACACUACUUGCUAGAGUUGAGACAGGAGAUGAGAAUAGAGACGACGCAAUGUCCAAUUGUAUGGAGGCGGGGAAGAACGAAGUGUGCAAUCUCAAGAAACCGAUAGAGAACUGCAACAGUGUGUGCAACGAAGACAUAGAGAAAAUAUUAAUCCAACUAGUUGGAGCACUUAUGGAAAUUGGAUUUCUAUUAAAGUGUCUAAUUGUGGUUAUGGUUUUAUUUAGACUGAGAGAGAAUUGAGGUAAUAGAAAAUUUAGCUUAUCCCCAAGAUGUAAAAGGAAUGCAAACUUUUAUGGGGCAUGCUAGUUUCUAUGGGAGGUUUAUUAAAGAUUUCUCCAAGGUUUCAGAACCUUUGACUGGCCUCUUGCAGAAAGAUGUACCAUA